UUCCAAUGUAACAAUGGCGGCGCCCUGCAUAAAUAGAUGCGGCUCAAUUUUUCGAACGAUUCGCAGAACAGCUCUGAGCAGAUAUAGCAGACAAGCUUUAAGGCAGAUGUGCACAGGGGACAAAGAUCAAACAGGAAGUACGUUUGUAGAUUCAGAAUCUUCUGGGAACAGCAGUGGGAGGAACCAGUUUAAUACCCACGGCAGCAAUCAGCAGGAAGGAUUCUCAAAUGAAGAAUCUCAGACUACUGAGGAAUACUCCAGUCAGAUAGAGGAGGAGGAGGUACCGGAGGAGACUGAGGAAGAGUUCCAAACCAAGCAGGCCAUUCUGAAGGCUUCGCUUCCAUUUGUACAUCAGUAUGGAUGGACCAAGAAAGCCAUUGUUGCAGGUGCUGAAACCAUUGGAUAUCCCUCAGUGGUUCAUGGAAUGUUCCCUCGCGGUGGUGCUGAAUUAGUGUUCUAUUUUUAUGAAGAGUGUAAUGCAGAGCUAACAUCUAAAAUGGAACAGAAAUUAGAAGAGCUGAAAGUAAAGGAAGAGUAAGAAAUUUCUAUUUUUAGCGUUUCAUAUGAUCAAGCUUUUUACAGCAUCUGAUUUUCUUUCUG